UACAAUUGUGGUGGAAUGGGCGGAACUGAUCAUUGUAUUGCACACCUCUAAAAAAAACACUGCCUCUGAUUUAUCAAUAUAAAAAAGAUCCUCUGAGAGGAGGAGGGCACUUUUGUGUGAUGGCAACUUCACUUCUAGGGGAAGAACCGAGGUUGGGAUCGACUCCUUUGGCCAUGCUUGCUGCUACCUGUAAUAAGAUCGGCAGCCCCAGCCCGUCUCCCUCCUCCCUUUCGGACAGCUCAUCUUCCUUCGGCAAAGGCUUCCACCCCUGGAAACGGUCCUCGUCCUCUUCCUCAGGCAGCUGCAACGUAGUGGGCUCCAGUCUCUCAAGCUUCGGCGUGUCAGGGCCCUCCAGAAACGGCGGCUCGUCCUCGGCCGCGGCGGCGGCGGCGGCUGCGGCGGCGGCGGCGGCGGCUCUGGUGUCCGACUCUUUUAGCUGUGGCGGCUCACCCGGCUCUAGCGCUUUCUCCCUAACCUCCAGCAGCGCCGCGGCCGCCGCCGCCGCCGCGGCCGCCGCCGCCUCGAGCUCUCCCUUCGCAAACGACUACUCGGUGUUCCAGGCCCCUGGCGUGUCGGGGGGCAGCGGCGGCGGGGGUGGCGGCGGCGGUUCCUCGGCACACUCGCAGGACGGCUCCCACCAGCCCGUGUUCAUCUCCAAGGUGCACACCUCUGUGGACGGGCUACAGGGCAUCUACCCGCGCGUGGGCAUGGCGCACCCUUACGAAUCGUGGUUCAAGCCCUCGCAUCCCGGCCUGGGCGCCGCCGGCGAAGUGGGGUCGGCAGGCGCCUCCAGCUGGUGGGACGUGGGCGCGGGCUGGAUCGACGUGCAGAACCCGAAUGGCGCGGCGGCGCUGCCCGGCUCCCUGCACCCCGCCGCCGGGGGGCUCCAAACCUCGCUGCACUCGCCGCUCGGAGGCUACAACUCGGAUUACUCAGGCCUGAGCCACUCAGCCUUCAGCAGCGGCGCCUCUUCGCACCUGCUCAGCCCCGCGGGGCAACACCUCAUGGACGGCUUCAAGCCGGUGCUGCCCGGCACCUACCCGGACUCGGCCCCGUCGCCGCUGGCCGGCGCUGGGGGCUCCAUGCUGAGCGCGGGGCCGUCGGCGCCUCUGGGGGGCUCCCCGCGCUCUUCAGCCCGCCGCUACUCCGGCCGCGCCACCUGCGACUGCCCCAACUGCCAAGAGGCGGAGCGUCUGGGCCCGGCCGGGGCGAGCCUGCGGCGCAAGGGCCUGCACAGCUGCCAUAUCCCGGGUUGCGGCAAGGUGUACGGCAAGACGUCGCACCUCAAAGCGCAUCUGCGCUGGCACACGGGCGAGCGGCCCUUCGUGUGCAACUGGCUCUUCUGCGGCAAGCGCUUCACGCGCUCCGAUGAGCUUCAGCGGCACCUUCGGACCCACACCGGCGAGAAGCGCUUCGCCUGCCCGGUGUGCAACAAGCGCUUCAUGCGCAGCGACCACCUCAGCAAGCACGUGAAGACGCACAGCGGCGGCGGCGGCGGCUCGGCGGGGUCCGGAAGCGGCGGCAAGAAGGGCAGCGACACCGACAGCGAGCACAGCGCCGCAGGCAGCCCGCCUUGCCACUCCCCGGAGCUGCUGCCGCCCCCCGAGCCCGGGCACCGAAACGGCCUGGAGUGACGUGCACCCCGCCUCUGCCCCUCUCCCCUUCCUCCUCCCACCUUGGUCCGUUUGGGCUUCGUGGGUCCUGGCUUUGGCUUCAGUCUCUUUCCACCCUGCUCACUAUGUCUUUCUGUCUCUGCCCUUCUCUCUUUUAACUCUCUCUGUGACAACUUUGUAAAGGGAAUGUGGACAUGUAAGUAACACGCGUUGCUCUCCUGGGCCCUAGCUGUCUCUCUACCGGAGAACACCGGUGGGGCCCAGAACAGCCCCAGCCGGCCCCUCGGCAGGCCUUUAAUUCUGGUCCUCUCCUUGUUCUCCCUUCACCAUCCCGAGUUGGGACGGGCACAUCUUUUAGAGGGAAGUGGCCGCUGGAGGUAAGGCUGGACCGAUCCUGUGCCUGGGACCCCGGGCCUCCGAACGCGCGGUUAACCACUAGGCUGAGCAAGCUUGAGCGCCACCCAGGGCCUCCGGGGUAGGCCAGCCGCCGACUGGCUAGGUACCAGUACCAGAACCGCGUUUUCGGGCGUCUGAGUUGCGGAGCGCCCUGCCCUGCAGCCGGGCGUCGCGGACUGCCCUUCGCAGACCUGUCGGGUGCCCAUCUCGGGACACGGAGACCCGGAGUUUGUCUAGUUCAGCUCUCCAACGCCAGCCCUGACUCUUUCCCUUUGUUCCCUGGGGUGGAACCGAUGCAAGUUUCAGCUAAGGGCAGUCUUGGUGAAUCGAUGCAACAGCCUUCUUUAAUCUUUAUAACUUUUUUAAACGGAAAAUCUAAAGAAAACACAACAGCAUCCUUCUAUUUGGUUUCCCUUGUAGGUAGUUUUUCCUCUAUCAGUAAGCAAGUCUUUCUCUCAAAAUUGUGCUAAUAUUGAUCCCAAAGUUAUUUUGAUCGCAUUAACUUAACAUGGGGUUGGGGGUGGGGGUGAGGGUAGGUGUCUUUUUCUUAUGCAAAAAUACCCUUUUCCGGUGAGACCAGAUUAACUAUCUCCGUGUUUGUCCUUUGCUACCUCGUUUUCACCACUCCCGAGCAUAAUCUCUCUCUUUUUUUUUUUUUGCUAGUCCAGCAGUCAAUUUGUAUAGUACCCAUUUCUGUAAAUUCUUGCAAUUCGUUGAAGAUUCUUAGGGUUUAACUUUUGUGUGUGUGAUUUAAACUUAUAUACUUAAGUAAAGAAGCUAUUGUUUAUUUCGAACCAGGCUGUAGUUUAAAUGCCAAAAGGGAAAAACAGAAAAAAAUUGUAAGAUAUAUCUGAACCUAAUGGUUUGUACAAUGGGAGAAUAGUUAUAGAUUAGGUAUCAAUUAACUAUAACUCCACCAGUGUAUGGGUGCGAGGUGCAGUUGUCCAGGAGACGAUUUUGUAUAUUAUUUUUCUUGUACAUUACUUCCAGUAAAUAUUUGAAAAUAUAUUGAAGUAAACUUGAUUUUUUUUUUUUUUUUUUUUUGGUCACAAGAAAAUACUAAGAGUUAUUCUUGCAGUUCUGAUGAGCUGCAGAUUUUUUGAACUCACUUCUGGAGGUGCAGAGCCACAAACGCACUUUCGGGGCCUAGUUUUGCUCGAAUAUGAAUUUAGAUAGGUAUCAAACUGUAACUAAGACAAUAUUUGAUAAAUGUGGGAUGACACUUAAUUUAAUGAAGCAUGUACUUGCAUUUGCUGGCAGUUCAGGCAUAGUUAAAGUGAGAGUUCUCUUAUAUUUCAUAAUAACUGGGUCUGCCAAAAACCCAUGUGUUAAAUAAAAUGUCCAAGUGAAUCUCAACUAACUUUGGCCUUUGUGUAUUUCCUGAAGGUAAUAUUGUUAACUGUUAAUAAUAAACACUCCUGACACUACAUUUAAAUGUUUGCAGAUUCUGCAAACUAAUUGCUCAUUGUAAUGUUGAAAUAAUUUGGAUAUUUCACAUUGAAAUGAAAAGCCUUUCUCUGGAACAUUUUAGACUUGCAUUUUAAAUGCAUGAAAUGUAAUUGAUUUAUUUGUAAUAUUUUAAAUGGUAUUAAUAAACUCAGAUAAAGACUAGGUCAGUUAA